AUGCGUAUGGCUUCUGAAUGUCCUCUACCAGUGAAUGCCAAUCUGACAACUGGUGCAGUUGCGGACUUCAAGAUGAUCGGAACUGUUGAACGAAACCCGGAAGACAAACAUCAGCACAAAAUGUUCCACCCAAGCUUUGAGGUGCCCUUCGGACAGCUGAGUGGUCGCGAAAACUUCCCCCAACUACCUAUGGAUAACCCAUUUGAGCGUACACAGAGUGAAUCGUCAGGAAAUAUCUUAUCUGGAUACAAUUUCCUAGCCAACCAGAUAUACCGAUCCGUUUCGAACCCCCUUUAUAAACUGGUCAGAACUGUUGAGAACACAGGUAGUGAAGGCAGCCAGUUAGGGAACUCGAAACAGCUGGCAGCCAGCGCAGAUGAUAGUCGGGGCUUUCCGAACUGCCUUCCGUCCGCAAACGGUGCACCACAUUAUGGCAAAUUUUACAAUACCGUGUCGGUCGUGGAGGCCUCGCUGAAGCCCCAAUCAUCCAGUCUGAGCAUAGGUGCCUGCAUGAAAUUUGAGCCAUCUAGUACAACGAGCGGUUCGAGCACUUCUACCGGUAACACUGCGAGUGAUGUGACGUCAACGGGACCGUGCAGCAACUUUGACGACGUACGUUGUUGUGAUGAAUAUCCCGAGGGUAAGGUGCGUCUGUCACCCAGCCAGAGAAUGCCUGAAUCACCUAGCAACGGGGCGGCAGUUCUUACUCAGUCGAGCGUUGUACACAGUUUGGCCAUUGCGACAACAGCGAACUCCAACUUCUGUCAACAAGGAAGUCUGACUAGCUCGGGCGACCAGGGUGCACUACCGUGCACAGCCAUUUCUUCACCCUCAUCCACCUCCUCAAAGUCAUCUUUCUCUUUUCAAGGAGAAGUCCAACAGAACCCACCCGGUCGCCUUAAUACUUCAAGUGUACCAGCACAGACGCAGCAGCCCCAUCGACGGCAAAAUUUGAACAUCUGGGAAUUACCUACUGUCCAUCAGUGGUAUCCUGGGGCACACCAGCGUCCAGGUCAACAGACACCUCUUGAAUCAUCCGCAGCUUGUCAUUCAGGAGACGCCUACAGCGGCAUUAACUGGUCAAAUAGUACCAGUUCAGGUAUGCAAAAGGUCCUCUCAAACCCCUUUGCCUCGAUAUCUCUUGGUCUGAACAACAAUAACAUAAGUACCUCAAAACAAUCGGAAGUCUACAAUACUAAGAGCGAAACACCAUCGCCUGUUCAGUCACCGGUCGGUGGUAAAGCAUUCGCCUCCGCUGAUCUGCUUUCCAAUAACGCAGGUCACCUUACCCAGCGGUACCCUCAACAAUAUUUUCAGGAAUGGGCAGACGCGAGCAACCUGAGGGACUGCGUCUACUAUCCGUCCUUUGAAAACGCUACUGGAAUGACUGUGACAGGCUCCAGUAUUCCGUCCCCCCGAGCGGAGGAAAUAACUUUCUCCCCCCCUUCUACGGCGAUCAACACCGGAGGAAGGGGACCGUCCACUUCUUCCUCUUCUGCAUGUCUGGGAUGCUGCAACUCCGCGACCCACCACCCGGCACUUUCCACAUACACUCAGCACGCGGUUGAGGACAGCGACCUACAGAACGGUCUCUGUCUAAUGGAUCCGAUGCGUUCACUGCCACGGUAUCUGACCAGCGGUCUCUGGCCCCCCUGUAUCAAUCCUAAGCUCGAGUGGAACGCGAGCAACACAACUGAUGAAAACGCUCGUUUGCCCGCGGAGGGCAGUCGGUUCUACACUGGCGAAACCGAUACGACAUCUUACUCAGGUCGCAUGUCCGCUAUGCAGUAUAUGAACAGUUCUUACGGCUUCCCUUCGGAGACGAAGGAAUGCAUUGGUGGCUGCUUUUUUCCCCCGGUCCCUCGCCUAGGUCACAGUAUGUACUCCGGCCGAGUGGGAGACCUUUCAGUGCAUGAGAUAUCGCCUAACAUGGCCGCCGCGAUCCAUCACAAGGUGGAAACUCAUCGAUUCUCCACUAUGGAUUGCGAUCCGCAGGAGCUGGAGGCAUUCGCAGAACGCUUCAAACAACGUCGGAUAAAACUCGGUGUAACACAGGCUGACGUCGGAAAGGCCUUGGGACGUCUGAAUCUGGCUGGCGUCGGUUCCUUCUCCCAGUCUACCAUUUGUCGUUUCGAGUCGCUCACUCUCAGCCACAACAAUAUGCUUGCAUUGAAACCCAUACUGCAAGCUUGGCUUGACGAGGCUGAACAGGAGGCCGCUGCGCGCCAGAAGAACCCCAACGCCUUCGAGAUGGAGGACGAAGACAAGAAACGCAAACGUACCUCCAUCACUGACCCCGAGAAGCGCUCCCUCGAGGCCUUUUUCGGCAUCCAACCGCGACCAUCUAGCGAAAAGAUUGCUCAAAUAGCCGAAAAGUUGAACUUGAAGAAAAAUGUGGUCAGAGUAUGGUUUUGCAAUCAGCGACAGAAGCAGAAGCGUAUGAAAUUUUCAACAGCAGGUCUUCUACACCAAGUUAACGGGAUUUAA